AUUGGUGGCAAGAUAUCUCCUUGGCUUUACAUCCUGGAUAUCGUUGCAUGCAGUCUCGUUUGAAACCACAGUCGUCAUUGCCAAGGCGAAUUCAAUUUAGAAAAUCUCAAGCUGACAAAAUCCUUAAAAUUUUUCAAGGCUCCUGGAAUUAGAAGUCCUGAUAAUAUCUCCAUUCGUCUGUUGACAGCUGAACAAACUGCCAACACUAUGUGGGACUCCCCGAUUAUUUUCACCACAAUGAGAGAGCUCGUGCAAUCAGUCUCGCCCGCUGCCCUGUCAUGGGCGGUUGUUGCCAUAUACCUUGGCACAUUCUUUUGGCUUAGAUCUCGUUCUUCCAAGCAACGUCUUCCUCUUCCUCCUGGGCCCCGUGGCCUUCCGUUAAUCGGCAAUAGUCUUCAAACACCGGCUGUCAAUCCGUGGGAGAAAUACAAGGAAUGGAGCGAUGAAUAUGGGCCCGUGAUGACCCUUUCUUUGGGUUUAACUACGACUAUCAUUCUGAGCUCCCAUCAGGUCGCAAAUGACCUGAUGGAGAAGAAGAGUACCAUUUACAGCUCCCGGCCACAGCUCGUCAUGUUUAAUCGUCUCUCUGGAGGGAUGAAUUCCUCUGGAAUGGAAUAUGGCAAACGUUGGCGAGACCACCGCUCACUGCAGGCCUCAGUCUUGCGGCCGUGGAUGACGCAGAGAUACACGGCACUUCGCGACGUCGAAACCAAGCAACUACUAGCAGAGCUCCUCAACACCGAUGACUUCAGUUCAUGCUUUAAGCGAAUGGUUGCUAGCUUGUUCAUGACACUGGCUUACGGCAAGCGCGUUCAGUACCCGGAUGAUCCAGAAAUUCGGGGAAUGGAAGAACUGGUGCGAGUCAAAUCGGAAGCUGGCGAGGCUUCAUUUCGGGCAACCGGCCAACUUGUGGAAUACAUUCCGCUUCUUCAAUACCUGCCGUCAUUCCUUACUCCUUGGAAGGAAAUGUGUGAUCGGAUCUGCGAGCAAUUCAACAAGACCUUCGUGGAUAGACUCCGUGAUGGAAUCAAUGCACCGGCGUGGACUUGGGCUAAAGAGGUCUCGAAGCACAAGGUGGCUCGUCCAAUGUCGGAACUUGAAAUUUCAUAUACGCUCGGUACACUCUACGAAGCAUCUUUGACGUCGCAGCAGAUCUUGCGUAUCAUUGUCUUGGUUGCCGCGUUAUAUCCGGAGAAAACUGCCAAGGCGCAGGAAGAACUGGAUAGAGUCGUCGGAACAGGCCGUUUGCCUGCAGCGGCCGAUGCACGUAAUCUCCCGUAUAUCGACGCCUUUGUUAAAGAGGCUUUACGGUGGAGACCAUUCGCGCCUCUUGGUGCACCACGCGAAAGUAUCCGUGAUGUGGAGUACAACGGCUAUCUCAUUCCAAAAGGUGCCACUAUCUUGGUUAAUCAAUGGGCACUAGACUAUAAUGAAGAUAUGUUUCCGGAACCGUUUUCCUUCCUCCCGGAGCGAUGGGUUGCGAAUCCAAACCUGCCUUUUUCCACAUUCGGGUUUGGUCAACGUGGCUGUCCAGGACGAUACUUCGCGCAGGACAGUCUUUUCAUCUCGACUGCCCGGUUGCUUUGGGCCUUCAACAUCCGGACUGCAUCUCCAGUGGAGGUCGAGGACAUGCUCCGGAAUCCGUCGGCCGGUGCUUUCCUUUCACCCAUUCCGGAAUUCGACGCUACAUUUACUGCCCGUGAUGCACAGCGAAAGGCACUGAUUGAGAAGGAGUGGGAGAUCUCUCCGAAGGAAAGUUAUGCCAUUCUGCAGGAGGUUGAGAAAGAGCUGAUAUCAGAAGGGGCGGAAUAAUAAGCCCUGUGUGACCACGUUGUGCUGUUUCCCCCUACUUCUCUUGUUGCCAACACGGCCAAACGUAUUUUUCCUUUUCUUCUCCCCGCCACUCUGUGUUUACCUGGAUUAGUUUUCCUUCGAGUGUCAAGAAACAG